UCUGCGUUUGAGUGUAGUAAUAAAAUACUCAUCCUAGUUUAACUCAUCAAUAGACUUAUACUCUCAAAUCGCUACCAAGGAUUUAUCAUCUUGGACUGAAGUCCCACUGCUUGCAGCGCACACUUUUUUUGCACGGAAAUUUACGACGUCCCACAAAGGCUAAUAGCGAAAGACAACCUGCGUUGGCCUCUGAUUGGUCCACAGUCUUCCAAGACAAGAGUACAAAAGAGCAGACGAACAUGCAGUGUGACACACACACAGACGUCAACAUGACAGCUCAAACCAUGGCUGCAACACUACUGGUGGAGGAACCCCGGCAGCGUAGCACCCCACUGGCCAUGUUGGCGGCCACUUGUAGUAGAAUUGGAGAGUCAAGUCCCUCCUGUACCACUCCUGACCUCUCCGACAUGGCCAUGGGACUCUCCAAGGGCUUCCACCCGUGGAAAAGGAGCAUCCCGGCCACUUGUAUCACUUCCAGGAGUAACGAAGGGGGGUUCCCCGAGACCUCGAGCGCAUUCGCAGUGACCAACACCAAUGAGUUUCCAGUCUACCAGAAUCCAGGGCAGUCCGACGCAAGGUUUCCCGAACAGCGGUCCACGUUUCUCACCAAUUUACCUGCGUCCGUGGAAGGCAUUGCUGGGAUAUACCCGCGGCUCCACGCGCAUCCAUACGAGUCGUGGUUCAAGCCCGUGGCGGAGGUCGGGAGUGGGCCUUCCUCUUGGUGGGACGUCGGCACUUCAUGGGUGGAUACAUCCAACUCAGCCGGGAUGGCAUCCUCCCUGGGCGACCAUGGCUCCCCUGAGCACACCCCCAGCGCAAUUCAGCAACUCAUCCCAGGCACGCAGCACCUCUUUAACGGCUUCAGGCCACCCUACUCGGAGUCUAGCUCCUCCAUGCACCCUCUGCCGGCUCAUUCGCGCUCCUCGACGCGUCGCUACGCGGGCAGAGCCACCUGCGACUGCCCCAACUGCAGAGAGGCGGAGAGCCUAGGUCACGGCGCAGUGAGCCCGCGUCGCAGGGCUGCGCACAACUGCCACAUCCCAGGAUGCGGGAAAGUUUACGGCAAGACGUCCCAUCUGAAAGCUCACCUCCGCUGGCACACCGGGGAAAGGCCCUUCCUGUGCAACUGGCUCUUCUGCGGGAAGCGCUUCACUCGCUCUGACGAGCUCCAGAGGCACCUGCGCACACACACCGGAGAGAAGCGCUUCGAGUGCGGCGUGUGCCACAAGAGGUUCAUGCGCUCUGACCACCUGAACAAACACGCCCGAACGCACGGCUCCGAGAAUGGAGAGGAGGAAGCCGGGCUUGGGAAAGGCAAUAGUGAUACGGACAACAGUGUCAGCGGAAGCCCGAGGCAGUCCCCGGAGAUGCACGCGACUGGCCAAAACGAACAAGGUGAAAUAAACAGCAUUUUUUACAACAGAAAGGAAAAAAAUAGAAAUGGCACUUUAUGAUGAUUGGCAGACUAAACAUGUUUACCUCAGGUUGUUUGUAACAUUCUUUAAAAAAUAAACAUCAUCUUGUUUGUA